CACAAACAUUGAAGAUUACUGUAGAGCAAGAGGAACCUCACUUUUAGUACUUCUCACAUAAUUUACAUGACCUUGCAUCGAUAUAGAAAAGUCGAGGGCAGCAUUCUGAAUUUUCUUGAAUCAAAUGAGAGGGCAGUAGAUAAAAUGGCAAGAUAUAUGGACCCCAGUAAUGACGAGAAACAGCUUUCGAAAAUAGAGUUUCUAUCUCAGUUUUGCGAAGACGAAGAACUAUUCCUUGGCAAGAGAGAAGUGUCAUAUGCAGCACUGACAAUGGGUCUGAAGGCAAAUGCUAAUGCCAUUGGUAAUUGUGCCAUGGUUGCAACUUCAGCAAUGUCUUCAUAUGUAAAUUGCAGUAAAGAACAGUCAAUACUAAGGGAAGUGAUAGACUCCAUAGAAGGAAAAUCUGACUAUGAAUUCUUCCACAAUAUGCGUGUUACUAAAAAAACGUUUGAUUACAUACUGACAAUUAUUAAAGAGCAAUACACAGCUGUUUAUCGAGGAGGUUUUAUACCACUUGAUCCAAAAAGUGCCUUGUGUAUUUGUCUAUGGUAUUUAGGUAGCAAGUCUACAUAUAAGAAUAUAGGAGAAAUCUUUGGAAUUGCACCCUCAACAGUAUUUGAAUGUGUCCAGAAAGUUGUAAAUAUUCUCUGUAAAUCUACAGACAUAUUCAUUAAAUGGCCAAGGGAUGAAGAAAUUACCGAAAAAGAAGAAGAAUUUAAAUCUAUUGCAGGUAUUCCUGGUGUUAUUGGUGCAAUUGGAAAAUGUCAUAUAGAAAUUAGAAACCCAAGUGAUGCACACCCUAAAUAUAUGAACAAAACAUCUACUCAUAGCUUGUUAUUGGUGGCAGUUUGUGAUGUAAACAAAAAGUUCAUGUAUAUGCAUGCAGGAAUACCUGGGUCAACACCUGAAGAAGAUAUAUUUAAAUCAGUUAGUUUGUAUGAUAAAAUAAUUGAUGAACCUCACUUAUUGUUCCCAUCACUGCAUUAUCAUCUUGUUGGUGAUCCUGCUUUUGGGCUUUCAAAAUAUCUAUUAGUUCCAUUUACUAGCAAAGAGAACUUGACUGUGAUGGAGGAAAGCUAUAAUGCAAAACUGGUAAAGACUUUAUAUGUCAUUGAGAAUGCCUUUUAUUUUCUUAAAGAACGUUUCCCACGGUUGAAAUAUGUAGAUUCAGAUGUUAAAAGAAUUCCACAAAUAAUAAAAGCAUGCUGUGUGUUGCAUAACAUAACUACUGAUAUUCCUGAAGAAGAGGCAUUCUUGUUAAAUGAAAACUCCAUUGACCCUCUUAAUUAUCCAGAAGUAAUCCAAAUGGAGGCUGAUUUUCCCAUAGAUACAGAAGGAUAUGGUAAAAGAGAUAUGAUAGUCAAUAUGUUAUAGGUCAGUUGCUCCCAGCUUGUGAUUGCUGGACCUCCUGUAGGUCUGUGUGCAGAUUCAGGAGGUCAUUAGUUUGUUCAGAAGUUCUAUAGCCUUCAGGGUAAAAUGGAUAAUUAAUGACAGAAAGGUUACUAGAUAUGAACUUUAGACAUUUUCUGUCAUUUUUAUUAUGUCAUUUAUUUACUUGACUAACAAGAUAUUUAAU